UAGUGUGUUCUGCGUUGUGCGUUAUCACGUGUGUUGUUAUUCAUAAAACAAGUUAGCCACACAUUUUGUGUUGUUUUCUUUUAACUUUCUUGAGUUCACCAUCUGAAAAUGAGUUCAGAGUUAGAUGAGGACCGUUUGUUUCUGGAGCGGGUUCUGGAUUCACUUUAUGAGUUUGGAUCAGAAACAAAAAAGAAGCUCAAAACCCAAAAGAAGAAAAAACGAAAACGAUGUGAAGAAGAAGAAGAAGAAGAAGAAGAAGAAGAAGAAGAAGAAGAAGAAGAAGAAGAACUUCAUGCAGUAAAGAAAACCUGCAGCGACGAUGAAGACGGCAGAAAUGCUGAGAUUCAGCAACCAAACACAGAACUGAAAGAUUCAAACGUCCAGCCGCAGAACAAAGUGGAGGUUGUCACAUUUCAGGAUCCCAGGAAGAAAAUCAAAACCAAACAGUCUCCAGUCUCAACCAGGAUCCCAGUUAAAUCACCACAGGACUCUCGGCAAGCAGAGCAGAAACAAAUCAACCAGGAAGAACAGCUCAGUUUGGAAAAGGCUCGGCUGGAGGUCCAUCGGUUUGGAAUAACGGGCUACAGGAAGGAGCAGCAGCGCGUUUUUGAGCAGGACAGAGCCAUAAUGCUGGGAGCCAGGCCUCCAAAGAAGGAGUAUGUGAAUUACAAGGUGCUGCAGGAACAAAUCAAAGACAAGAAGCAGAAACAAAGCGAGGCGUUUCAGCCGGACAAGAAGAAAAAGAAGAAGAGUAAUCCAAGAGACAAAAAGAAACAACCAGCCUCUGGUUCUGGUUCUGGUUCUGGUCAGGUGGGUCAGUUCAAGAACGGCAUGCUGAUCCUCAGUUCGAAGGAGAUCCAGAAAAUCAAAGGCAAAAGGUGAAGGGAAAAGGUGGGAUUAAUCCAAUGGAGCAGGAUGGAAAUGGCAGCAGACUGGAGGAGGGAGUUAGUCAGUGAAACAAUCCAGACUUCCUGACAAGACACUGACCUGUAGCAAUCAAUACCUGGAAUGAUUCAAGAGUCAGACAUCUUGAGCAGGGAAUCGUGGCCGGACCUAAAAAUGCCAGCACAAAGAGACUUGGGCAGAUUAAUUUCAGACCCCACUUUAUUUAUUUCCCUUCUUAUAAAGAACCCAAAAAGGAGACAAAGCUGUUUCUUGUAUUCUUCAUGUUUAGGUUUUAAAAAUUAUGGAGUUGAGUCUGUUUUCAUCAUUUACAAACAAUGUAGUCGUACAAAACAUUUACAUUGGCAGCAGGGGACAACUGGAGGACAAAAUUGAGGUAAUAAAAAAGAAAAAGUCACGCAUUUUCUUUGAUGAAUAAAUAUAUAUACACAACAAGAGACAGCAGAAGCAAAAGCAGUUUUUCUAACACGCAAGCCUGAAUUUACAAAGCUCCUCUCCAGCCUCAACAGGCUUCAGAUGUAAACACUUGAUGUUAAAGGGACGAUGUGAAAGCUGAUGAUGAAAAAACACAGUUGGUCGGGUUGUUUGGGCUGGUUGAGGUCACAGUUACUUUUCUCAGAGCAGCUUCUUGGUUUGAUUUUUGAAUUUCAAAAUGAGGAGCAUGAGAGACGAUGAAUAUUCAAGCUAAAACCUGGAUGGAUUAGUAUUAAUGUUAAUUACCACCAGUAAUUAACAAAUCUAUGUUAUCAGCAGCAUUAUGACACGUUUGGUCACCUGGGAGACCAAACACACUGGAAUGAUCAAAUUUAAACAUAAGUGUGAAGGCAGAGGACUAUUUUCUAUCUACAGUGGCCUUAUGGCGUCAUCCAUAACUAAUUUGAUAUCUGCACGUUUUAAAUUCAGAAAGAUACUUUCCUAUUUUCCCAGAAACAUCAGUUAAAUCUAAGAAAGAAGUGACAUUCAUAGGUGGGUAUCAGGUAAAGGGACAUGCUAAACAAGCACAAAUACAAAACACUUAAACAGGAGUGUCUGCAUGAAUCAAAUCAAUCACUACAUUCUUGUUUUUUGUCAACAUUUUUAGAUGAAGAAAAUAUGUAGCUAACGUAUCAUCUGAAAUCACUGAAACGUAAGGAAUUAGAGCACCAUAAACAAAAGCUGGCGCUCAGAAAGAAAGGUUUUCUUUUAUACAGCGGAUGUAAUGUUCCAGCUCAACUACUGGGCUGAAAUCUAUUUCUGGUUACAGUCAAUUCAGCCACCAGGAAGGUUUUUGAUCUGGAGUGGGAGGUGAAAGGAGAGUCAGAGCUGUGCAGCCAAGCUGAUAAAAAUAAAGCCCUGAGUUGGAAACUGGUUGGAGCAAAUCAGGACACAAGUCGCCUUUGGCUGAUGCUCACUUAUUUGACACUUGUCAAAAGUCUCUUACAUCCUGACCUCUUUGCCAUGCUAAAAUGCUAAAUUAUAAAGUUAAAUACAUACGUUUUAAUGUCAAUUCAAAUGUAAAUGAAAAAAAUCACCAAUUACUUUUUAUGUUGCAAAAAUACUGUUUGUGUGUUGCCAAUAGCAACCGAAUAACAAUGUUACAGCUACAUUUUAUUUCCUGUCAUACCAGCUACAAACAAUAAAAUAAAACAUAGAGGAGUUAUGCUGAUGUAUUGUUCAACAAUUAAAAAUGUUGAACGUUUUUGUCAAUAUUAAGUGAUGUAACUAACGCCAAGUAACUAAUUGUAUACAUUAGCUGCUCGGUGCUAACGACCUAGCGGCUAUUUUUACCAAACCCUGCUGUGUACAGUGAUAUUAUGGACUAAAAAACAGACUUAGGAAGAACAGAGUGAGAUAAAUGUGAAAUAUUUAAGCAGAAAGUUUGU